UUGUUGCUUUACACUAACAGAAUAAUAGAUAUAACAGAUAAUGAUAAAUAACAAUAACUUGAAUGCACAACAUCCCAACAUAUGAAAUAUGGUUAUGAUCAAAUCUUUUGCUGUCAUUUUGGGUAAACUAGGAACAGAUUUGCAUUUCAUUUCUCCAACAUCACACUUCAAUGAUCUCUACUUCACUUUGUCACUCUGCAUCUCUCUCUUCAUGAAGAACUGUGACCCAGACUGCACCUCCAUCUGUCCGUGUCUCAGCCUUUUUGUUUCGCACACAUUGAAGGGUGUGAUAAUCCAAAACUACAGAGAGGAAUGAGGACAUCUGUCUACUGAUUUAGCAGUUGUCUAUUAUUAUUAUUGAUCACUUACCAUUUGUUGUGGAUCCUACAGGAUCUACAAGUACCAGGCUCACGGCUACGCCUUCAGCUCUGUGGAGGAACUGCUGGACUCUCUCGGGGGGAGUGGCUUCAUCAACAUGACCCGAAGGCCGCUCUCUGAUUCGCUGCUGGAGCUGGGUGUGUCGCAGCGCUUCAUCGACGAGGUCAUCGAGCCCGUCAUGAGGGUCAACUACGGACAGAACGUCAGCAUCCCCGCCUUUGUAGGCGCUGUGUCUCUGGCUGGUGCCCAGAACAACCUGUGGGCGGUGGAAGGAGGCAACAAGCUGGUGUGUUCUGGCCUGCUAAAGACGGCCAACGCUAACCUUCUGCAGGCACAAGUCAACUCCAUCUCACCGCUCUACUCAGGUACUUCAACCCUGAGAGUACCAUGAUUCAGAUUCAUUUCAUUAAGUUUUCCAAGAUU